UCCAACACAAAACCCUCCACCCUGCUCCUGUAACAGAGAGACACCAUCAUGCUCCUCUUCCUCUUCUUGUUUGGUCUGGCUCUGGUUGCGGCGAGUCCUUCAGAAGACCAUCCAGUGAAGCUGCAACGUGGCAACUGUCCCAUGUUCUGGUACAGCUUCAAAGGCCGCUGCUACAAGUAUGUCGCCACAGAUAUGAACUGGGCUGAUGCAGAGAUCUACUGCAUGUCAGAGGGAGCCCACCUGGUGUCUAUCCACAGUAUAGAUGAACAAAAUUUUGUCACGUCCCUGAUCAAGAACUUUGACCAUGCUGAAGGAAAUACCUGGAUUGGAAUCAACGACAGCUACAAAGAAGGAACAUGGAUGUGGUCUGAUGGCUCUGCAGUCAAAUUUACCAAUUGGUAUCCAGGCACACCAGACAGUGGGGACACUCAAAACUGUGCUUACACCAACAUAAGCAAUGGAUCAACUAAACAAUGGAAUGACUACCCGUGUUCUUACAGUUUUCCCUCUGUUUGUGCAUUUAAUACAGCCUGUCCUUUUUUUCUUCAUCAGCUGAAACAGAGAGAUACCACCAUGCUUCUCUUCCUCUUCUUGUUUGGUCUGGCUCUGGGUGCUGUGAGUUCCUCAGACGACCGUCUGGUGAAGCUGCAGCGUGGCAACUGUCCCAUGUUCUGGUACAACUUCAACGGCCGCUGCUACAAGUACGUCGCCACGUAUAUGACCUGGGCUGAUGCCGAGCUCCACUGUGUGUCAGAGGGAGCCAACCUGGUGUCUAUCCACAGUUCAGAUGAACAUUAUUUCUUCAAAUCCCUGAUCAAGAACUUUGACCCUUCUGAGGGACCGACCUGGUUGGGACUCAGUGACAUUCACAAAGAAGGCAGCUGGAUGUGGUCUGACGGUUGUGCAGUGAAGUUCGUCUUCUGGUAUUCAGGACAGCCAGACGGAGCAACAGGUCAAAACUGUGUUCAAACCAAUGUCUGGGGAACAGAAUGGAAUGACAAUCCAUGCUCUUUAACUUCUCCCUUCGUUUGUGCAUCUCGUAUAACCUGUUCCUAACAACUGAGAUGUCACAUGUGGGACUGAACCUGAUCACUGUUCGCCUGUUGCUCUGUUGACAUGCAUGUGGCCUUCCCAAUAAAAACACAAUUAUGCA